AUAAACGAAAACUGUUGGCUUACUAGCAAUACUGCAAAAUAAAUGUUCCUGCUGUAAAAGUUUGACAUUUACAUUUGAAGUGGAUCAAAACCUGUCAUUAAAGCUAUACAUGAAUUUUGAACAAUACCCAUUCUUGUUUUGGGACAACUUUGAUGUACUUUUUUGAUCCACACACUUUAAAUGUUGACUACUGUAUAAAGUGUAGGCCACUGGGUCUUCUUGUUUCCAUGCAAUAAGACAUCAAUUUCAUGAGGUUAAUCAGCAGGUACACCAAUGGACGUAUUGACAUGCUGGGUAAUAAAGUAUGCACCAUUACCAGACUGUAGUUGAAAUGUUUAGUUGUUUCGUGUGCCCUAAAACAGCAGGCCCUGCAGUUUUUCAUUGUCAAACAGAGGGCUGUGGAAUCAUAUCAUUGUGAUCACAGACUUCUGGAAACAAAAGCAGAGCUCAAAAGAUCAUUCAACACAGCAAAGCCCUCAACAAUGAUGGUGCUUUUGCUGGCCUUGUGCACACAGGACUCUUCUGGAAGAAUCCAUACGGCACACCAUGUGAAACACCGGGAUGAAAAGUCUUUUGGCUAUUUGUCCCCGUGGCCCGAACGGGCAGAGUUUAGUCUAGCAUGAGGCAGCAGAGGGUGAGCACCCUAGUUUUCACACACUAAAGGUGCUGAGGGGUAAAGCACUUAGGUGACGAUCGCAAACGAUGUUGAAGUCCAGCUACCGGCACGAGGUACGCAAGGAGAAGUACGAGCGCUCCGAUGUGUACGACGAGCCCAGCAGCCCAGAGACGGAGUCGGCUCCGGCCGUCCCGGGAUGGCAGAACCUGCAGGAGCUGAACAGCCGUUUCGCGCGUUACAUCAACCGCGCGCGCAUCCUGGAGCAACGCAACGCCGUGUUUCGCAAACAGCUGGAGACUCUGCAGCGCAUGGAGGAGACGCCGGGGGUGGAGGAGACCUUCAGCGAGCAGAUCAGCGUCAACAGGCAACGCAUCCGAGAACUGCGGUCCGACCGAGCCAAGCUGGAGAGAGAGCUGAAAGAUGCAGAGCGCACGCUGGACGAGUACAACAACAGAUACAGAAAUGAAUGUGAAUACCAAGAGCAGCUGCGACACACACUGGAACAGCUCAGCAAGGAAGCCGACACAGUGCUAUUGAGGAACCUUGAGUAUCAAAUCCAGCUGCAGUUUCUGCAGGACGACGUCAACGCUACCAGAGAGAGGCACAAGAAGAACCUCGCUGAGAUCCAAACGUAUAUGAACAUCCUGCAGCAGAUCAACCAGACGAUCCCCCUGAUGCCAGGCUCGUCAGUCUCAGAGGAUCAGGAGCGUGUGAUGGCUCAGAGGCGAGUGCCGGGUCUGAGGACUCAGAUGGAGGAGUACAAGAGCGCCAUCUGUCGACUGAAGGCCCAGAAGCAGCAGCUGCGCACUGAGACCUCUGUGUUGGAGCAAACCAUCAAGACGACCCAAGCGAGCUACGAUGACGAGAUCCAGCAGUACAACGAUCGAAUCGAGAGUCUCCGGAAGGAGAUCGACGAGGCCGAGAGAUCUCUGGAGAGCUACACCAGCCAGUGUUGGCAGCUGGCCAUGUACCAGAGCUCUCUGGAGAACGAGCUCGAGCGCUACAAGAGAAUCAUCGAGAACGAGGACAGUCGAUUGAAUUCGGCAAUCAUCGGGACACCUAUAACUCUGCUCACAUCCAGAAAUGAAUACAGCCACAGUCCUAGCGUGAGCAGACAGGGAAGAGAUAUCAACCAAGCCAUCCAAGUCAUCACCAACGUAAAGCCUCGUCAGAAGUACUUGCCCAAAAAAGUGUUUAAAAUGAAAGAGAUCUCUUCCAAACAAGCUAGUGGACUUGAGAAGGCAGCAGGAGAAAUUGUGGACGAAGAGAAAGAACAAGUGAUGGAGGGGGCGAGAAGAGAUGGGGAAGAUGUGCCUGAUGGAGCUCAGAUCAGCAAGGCCUUCGACACGCUCUGCAACAUCAUUCGUGGUCGCAUGAGACGGGGAAAGAAACCGGAGCCCAUCGCGGACUUCUUCACCAAGGGACGCUACGUACUAGUGACCGGCGACUCCAACUACCUGGACCCGUGCUUCUGUUCGACCACCCCUUCUGCCAGUCACGUCUUUGUUACAAUCGAUGACGACAGGAUGCCUUAUUAUCCUGAACCUUCCCCUAGACCAGGCCCCCUACCCGGACCAACACCCCUAAACCCUUCCACACCUUCGGACCCAGGAAAGGGAAAAGGCGACGGAGAUAGGACGAAGGUUGGAAAUGGUGAGCCUCAUCCAAAGGAAAAGGAACCAGAACCGAGCCCCAGUGAGAAGAAAACCCCCAGCCCUUCUCCUCCAGGCCCAAGGCAUCCCUCACCCCAUCGUGGCGGCAAGCCCAAGAUCCCGGCGGAGCCCUGCAUCUUCCCACCCGUGCCAUCGCACACCUCCAUCCCCCCGGACUCUGUGAGUUAUGAGAAGCUCGAGGUCAUUGAGUCAGUGGAGAAGCUCUCGCCUGACAAGAAAGUCAAGGGCUAUGAGGAGACAACCACGGUGGUGGAGACCAUGAUCGAGAAGACCAGUAGAAAGAAACAUGCCGAUAAAUCUUCUUGAGCCACAGAAACAUUUCCAUUAAAUCACUCUUGCCUCUGACCCGCUCCGGUAUUGCUGUUGACGAGAUUCCCAGUGCUGCUGUUAACUUCCUGAACCAUUGCCCUUGGCCUUUACUGUCUGAAAACUUGGGAAGCUAAAACUGAAUUGCCCCAUCUCCCCCCUCACA